CAAUUAGCAUUGCAACUAAUAACGUCAAAGGAAGUAUUAGUUAAAACGUGCCUAGAUAAAUAUUUUCGUACAAUACCCCGCAACUCUAUUCCGAAAAAAACUAACUACAAUCAUGUCUCGAGAUCUGGUCAAAGAUUGCCAACAUGAUUACCACGAGUAUUGCGUGGGUGACUUUCAACCUGAUGAUAUUGUCAUCAGCGGCAUGGCUGGACGUUUCCCGCGCUGUGAUAAUGUAAAAGAAUUCAAAGACGGUAUCUAUAAUAAGAAAAAUCUUCUACACAGCAGCAAUGAAAGAUUUACAAAAGGUUCACAUAUAAAUCCUUUUGGAACAACUGGAAGCAUUAAGAACUUGGACAAGUUCGAAGUUAAUUUUUUUAAUGUGUCUCACAAUAUAAUCAAUUCUAUGGAUCCCGCGACUAGGAAACUGCUGGAAGUUACAUAUGAGGCAAUUGCAGAUGCAGGCUAUGAUUUUCCGAGUGUUUAUGGUGCUAACAUAGGCGUCUAUAAUGCAAAUAUCACGAAUGAUUCUUUUGCUUUGAGUUGCCAGUUGGAUUCUCAACUCGAAGGAUACACAGGGACCAGAUCUUUACACGUCAAUCAAAUAACGUAUUUCUUUAAUUUACUAGGUCCAAGCAUGGUGAUUGAUGCAGCAUGUUCAUCUUCAUUAUCAGCGUUUAAUGCAGCCUACACUGACUUAAAAAACGGCAAAAUUGAAGGAGCAAUUGUUAACAGUUCCCAGAUUAAUUUAAUUCCAGAAGUGGCCCAGCUUUAUGUGCGCUCUGGUAUAGUUUCACCGACUGGCAGAUGCGCACCGUUUGAUGCAAGUGCUGAUGGAACCGUGAGAAGUGAAGGAGUAGUUGCUAUCUUUUUGCAGAAAGCUUCUACGGCUAGACGAGCUUAUGCAUCUGUUCUAUCUGUAGGAUCCUUUACAUCUGGAUUUGUUAAAGAAGGAUUUGCUGUACCCUCUGAUAAGAUGGAAGAAAACUUGAGCAGACAUGUCUUGAAGUUGAGUGGAUUGCAUCCCGACCAAAUUGAUUUCAUUGAAGCGCAUGGCACUGGUACAGUAGUGGGAGAUAGUAAGGAGCUGGCAGCUAUAGAGAGUGUUUUUUGUACAGGCACCAGAAAAAAGCCUAUUUACAUAGGAUCAGUCAAGAGUAAUAUUGGGCACACUGAAGCUUCCUCAGGUCUAAGUGGAAUCAUAAAAGCAUUACUAGCAAUGGAAAAUGGAAACAUUGCUCCAAAUUAUAAUUUCAGAAAUCCAAAUACCGGUUCAAAAGGACUAAUGAAUGGCUCUAUGAAAAUAGUAUCGGAAAUCACACCACUUAUAAGUCCAUAUGUUACAGUAAGCUCUUUUGGAAUUGGUGGAACACUACUACAAACUGUUUUAAGACAAAAUACCAAAAGAUAUCCAAACAAUUAUUUAACGAGCUCGAAAAUUCCAAGACUUGCACUUGUUUCCGGUACAUGUGAGGAGGCUACCCAAUUUCUGAUUGAUUAUAUUAAGUACAGCCCUGAUUUGCCGGACGAGUUUUUUGCUCUCUUGCAUAAGCUGUCGUUUUGUUCACCUCAACUAAAGCCCUGCAGAGGUUACAUUUUGAGUGAAAAGGAAGCAAGUGAAGCAUCAAGUAUUAAGCUCUGCACUAACGCUCAGAGGCCAGUAUGGUUUGUAUAUACUGGCUUGGGUUGUCAAUGGAAAGGAAUGGGCUCUAAACUUAUGCAAAUUGAUGUAUUUGCGUCAAGUAUGAGAAAGUGUGCAGAUGUAUUAAAGCCACAUGACCUAGAUCUAUUCAAAAUUAUAAGUUCGGACAGUGAUUUACUGGAAAAAGACAGGUGUGUUCUACCAGCAUUCGUUUCCGUUGCUGCUAUACAGAUUUCUCUAACUGACCUUUUACAUCACAUUGGCAUACACCCAGAUGGCAUAAUUGGACAUAGUAUUGGUGAAAUAGGAGCCAGUUAUGGAGAUGGUUGCAGUUCUUUGGAAGAAACCAUGUUGCUGGCUUUAUAUAUUGGCUUAUGUGUUGAUGAAUCACCAGAGCUUGCUAGAGGCUCAAUGGUCGCAACAGGUCUUACAUGGAAGCAAGCACUGGAACAAUGCCCUGAAAAUGUAUAUGCAGCAUGUCACAAUACUGAUAACUCGGUUACAAUUUCUGGACUGAAAGAUGACGUUGAUAAGUUCGCAGAGACACUGAGAAAACAAAAUAUUCUUGCUACUGUUGUAAAUUCUUGUGGUUACGCCGCUCAUACGAAAUAUAUGAGACUGAUAGCUGACAAACUGAAGACAAAAAAAGCUAUAAAACUACCCAAACAAAGAACUAAACGAUGGCUAAGUUCUUCAGUUUCUGAGGCUGAUUGGGAAAAACCUAACUGCCAGAUUAUUGACGACGAUUACUUCGUAAAUAACAUAAUUACUACCGUCAAAUUCAACGAGGUGUUGAAGAAAAUUUCUCCAAACGCCAUCACUAUCGAAAUUGCUCCUCAUCAUCUACUUCAACCUAUUUUAAAGUGUGGUAUUAAUUCAGAAAGAAUAAAUCUCAGUUUGAUGAAGAAUUUUUCAAACAAUGUGAAUUUUCUCUUAGAAUCUAUUGGAAAGAUGUAUCAGCAUGGACUAGACCCUAGAGUAGAAAAAUUGUAUCCUGCAGUACAGUUUCCAGUUCCAAGAAACACGCCAUGCAUAUCUGAUUUAAUCAAGUGGAAUCAUUCUAUUUCAUUCCAAGUCAGAAAGGGGGAACAAAGAACCAAAGAAAUCUCUCACACAUAUAAUCCAAGUCUAAAAGACAUUUACUUACUGGAUCACUUCAUAGAUAAAAGAUCCAUUUUUCCGGCUGCGGGAUACGUUGUGUUUGCAUGGAAAAUGCUAGCCAGGAAACUUCAAGGAAUUGCUGAAGAAUUGCCUAUCAUUAUCCAGAACUUCAAGAUACACCGGGCUGUAGUCAUACACAUGGAUACUUUGAAGUUGAGCUUUAAUCUCCUCGGCAAAAGCUUUGAAAUUUUUGAAAGAAAUUCGAUCGUUGCAAGUGGAGAAAUAGAUGAAUGGGAUGGUUUCAAAUAUUGUGAAUCAGAACCUGUGUAUAACGCCGACAAAGAGUCAACUGUUGAUGGAAAAGACAUAUACAACGAUUUGAGACUGAAAGGAUAUAAAUAUGGACCUGAGUUUCAAGCUAUAUCAAAAAUGAGUUUGGACGGAACUCAAUAUCUUUUGCAAUGGAAGGAUCGAUGGGUACCUUUGUUGGACGCAUGCUUUCAGACUUUCAUACUAGCAAACCCUGAUGACUUAGUCUUGCCAACUGAAAUCUACUCUUUAAAAAUGGAUCCUAAUGUUCUAAAGCAGAAACUUGCUACUGAUGAAAAUAUUAGAGAGAUACCAGUGAACUUUAAUCGUAAUACGAACAUUUGUCGCUCUGUUGGUAUUGAAAUUGAUAGUAUGUCCGUUGAAAGAGCUAAUUGUCGAACAGAAAAGGAAGCAGCUACACUUGAAAAGCAUACUUUUAUUCCAUAUGAGUUCCAGUAUACAUACGAAGAAGAAUGCGAAGAAAUUCACCAAUACAUGAAAAAAUACCAUGAACUUCUACAGCUUAAUGGUCCAAAAUUAGGAAUAAAAUCAGAAUUGAACGUUGAGGUCAAAAAUCAAGAGAAAGCCGAGGAAAACGUUAUAAAAGAAUUUGAAGGAAACCAGAUUAUCCUUAAAGGUCUAAAACAUGCAUCGAAAAAGGAAAUAUCGACGGAAAACAUGCAUGAUUUAAAAGGAUUUGGAAAAGAUCCUUUGAACUCUACAAUAGCCACGGGAUAUGCUUUAAAGAUUAUGUUGGACAUAGUCGCAGAAAAUACAUUUCAUAAAUUAAAUGUCACCGAAAUAAAUUCCCAAUGCUCUCCAAUAAUUCCUCACAUUAUGGCUUUAGCGAAAAAACAUCCUCAUUUAAGGUAUAAAAACUACACACUCAUGUGUGAUGACGAGAAAACAGUAGAUAGCGAUAUCUUGAAUAAUCUUGCUUUACAUCCUCUGUCAUCCCUAGCUAAAUUAAGUUUGAAAAAGAAAGAGGACGUUGUCGUGUCUUCGUUUUACAGUGGCUCGGCAACCGAACUGAGACAGCUGGUUGAAACUUCAUGUUCCAUGCUGGCGAAGAAUGGAUUUAUUAUAUUUUACCACAAAGAAAAACUAACAUCAUUUGAAGAGUUCUUAUCAAGGCAGUGUGGUACUGUCCAAUCUCGUCCCACGUUGGAUCAAAUCCUUCAGGACAACAAAUUACUGGUUUUGAGCUGCGCCCGUAAUGAUUAUGGAUCAGCAUUGUACCUACUCCGUCCAGCCAUGCUAUGCGUGGAACAUCAUGUUGUAAAUAUAACCAGAAACCCUGAAUUUGCUUGGGUUGAAGAGAUUAAAAAACGCUUAAGACAAAGGGACGAGGAAUGUUUAUGGCUUGUAUCAGAAGAUGAUUUUUGCAGUGGAAUACUAGGAAUGGUUAAUUGCUUGAAACAAGAACCUGGAGGUGAAAGAAUAAGGUGUGUCUUUGUUGCAUCCAGGAGAAGUGAGGCAAGGCCUCCAACUUUUAAUUUCAAUCAUUCUUUCUACAAAAUUAUGUUAGCCAAAAAUUUAGUGAUGAACGUUUGGAGAGGGGAAUCGUGGGGAUCAUUUAGACACAUAGCACUCCCCGACUGUAAGGAACCAAGAAAUGUUGAGCACAGUUACGUAAGAUGUGGUAAUUAUGGCGACCUAUCCUCAAUUGAGUGGGUAGAAUCACAAGUAAAAUACGCAGAUUUGAGAGAGAAUACCAUAGCUCAUAUUUAUUAUUCUGCAAUUAACUUUAGAGAUGUUAUGCUGGCUACAGGAAAACUUUCAGCUGGAGCAGUUAAAUCUACAUUAGAUUCUUGUGAGGAUUCACUUCUUGGUUUGGAAUUCUCUGGUCGUGACGAUAGAGGACAUCGAAUUGCAGGGAUUACUAAGAGUCGUGGAAUGGCAACAUCUACUAUUAUAAAUCCAGCAUUUCUUAUAGAUGUACCCGAUGAAUGGAGUCUGGAGGAAGCUGCAACUGUACCUGUAGUUUAUGCUACUGCAUUUUAUGCCCUUGUGGUGAGGGGAGAUAUUCGUCGAGGACAAAGCAUCCUCAUCCAUUCUGCAACUGGUGGUGUUGGAUUAGCGGCAACUCGCAUUGCGAUUCAUUAUGAGUGCGAAAUAUUUGUGACUGUUGGUAAUGAACAGAAAAGAAGAUAUCUACGCCGACUUUUCCCUCAACUGAAAGAGGAAAACAUCGGAAGCUCGAGAAAUAAAAGUUUUGAAAUUAUGAUAAAAAAUAGAACAGGGGGAAAAGGAGUAGAUAUCGUUCUGAAUUCUUUAGCUGACGACAAAUUCCAGGCAAGUGUUCGCUGCGUCGCCACACAUGGAAAAUUUUUGGAAAUUGGAAAAUAUGAUUUAUCACUCAAUAGAAAAUUAGAUAUGAAGGUAUUCCUUGAAAACAUUAGCUUCAAAGGAAUAAUGCUUGAUGCGCUGUUCGAUGACACGCCUCGAAAUCGGUCGCAAUUUUCGAAAAUUAUGGAUCUAGUAAGAGAAGGUAUAAAAAGUGGUGUAGUCCAACCGCUCCAUAGAAGUGUAUUUAGAAGAGACGAAAUUGAAGCUGCUUUUAGAUUUAUGUCCAGAGGUAUACAUGUUGGGAAAGUUCUCAUAGAGAUAAGAGAUGAAGAACCGUCGAAGAUUACACCACCAAAAUGCUUAACAAUGCAAGCGAUUCCGAUCACCUACUUCUAUCCUAGUAAAUCCUAUAUAGUAAUAGGAGGCCUAGGCGGUUUUGGAAUGGAAGUUACAAAAUGGAUACUGACGAAAGGUGGAAAGAACAUCUUCAUAACUUCUAGAAGAGGAGUCAGUACUCCCCAUCAAAAAUAUUGGCUCAACAAAUGGAAUAGAAAAGGCAGCGUUGUUCAAGUCUUAACGCUUGAUGUUUCAAAACAGCAUGAAGCAGAACAGUUGCUUAAAGAGGCUUCUAAAUUAAGUGAAAUUGGAGGGAUAUUCAAUUCCGCAGUAGUGUUAAAAGAUGCCUUCAUGAAUUGUCAGAGUCCAGAGAGUUUCAAAGAUGUUUGUGCCCCCAAAGCAGCUGCAACAAAGAUAUUGGAUGAAUUGACCAGAAAAAUGUGCCUCAAUUUAGAUUUCUUCAUUUGUUUUUCCUCAGUCAGUAGUGGUCAAGGUAAUGCUGGACAGACUAACUAUGGUUAUGCUAAUUCAGUAAUGGAAAGGAUAUGUGAAGAAAGGAGAAAAUCUGGGCUUCAUGGGCUUGCUAUUCAGUGGGGCAUUAUUGGUGAUGUUGGCCUUGUACACAGAAAUACGAAAAUUGGUGCCGGGCUACCUAGUUUACAAGCCCAAAACGUUCAGUCCUGCCUGGAAACGUUAGACUUGUUCUUCAAAUUUGAACAUCCUGUAUUGACUAGCUAUGUGUCAUCAGUUGAUUCGAAGAAAACAAAAAGGCAAACUGUUGACGUCUUUAAUCAGAUUACAAAACUUAUAGGAAUGACGAAAGUAACCGAGUCUUUCCUUAAUCGGACGUUUGGAGAAAUAGGAAUUGAUUCUUUGUUAAGUGUCGAGAUAAAACAACUUAUUGAGAGUAAAUUUGACCUGGCAAUGACAAUGCAAGAACUGUAUCAAAUGAAAAUUCUGGAGAUCAAAAAACUGUCUGAGAAAGGUGCGUCACCUAUUAAUGCAUCUAAUUGAAUUUUUUUCUGUCUAAAUUAUCAUUCUUUUAAAUGAUAAAAAUCAAUAGAUAUUGAACUAAUAAAUAAUAAAGGAUAAGAAAAUUAUUUGGUCAGUCUAAUAAUUAUUUGGUGUGGCUGAAUAAUUUGAUAUUCAAACUAAUGGACUAACAUCUCUACUAAUGAGUGUGUAUUGUUCAUUGUAUACUUUCAACCAGAAACUAUUUGUCACUACUAAGAAUAAAAUAUUUUUCAUAUCUGAA